CAUGUCUUUGUUCUUUUCAUAUUAACAUCACCAAUCGUAUCACACAAUAUUAGUAUUUAAUCAUAUCACACAUUCGUAAAAUAAAAUAGUAGCUUAUACAGAUUUCGAGAUAUCACCUGGACAAUACACAAAACACCUAUAAAUAGUCCCUCAACCCUUAGAACUCUCCAUACUAUCAAAUCUCCAAACAUUCACCCAUUUUUCCUCCUUUCAAACACACACACACAAACAAAAAUGCUGCCUGAUUUCAUUGCCAAGUGCUUGUUCCGUUUCGUGGGCCCACACCUCGCCAGUACCCAACCCAACCAACCUUCAGACGACCCGCAUGUCCUCAACCUCAUGCGCCAACUCAUCACCCUUGACCAAGGUCAAACCCACACCACUCCCUAUCUCCACCGGGCCCAAAACCUAGCUUGCCAGCUGGCGGCCUCCGGGCGUCCCCUCACGGCCCAUGAGUUCAACAUCCUCGUGCUAAAGGGCCUCAGGCCCGAGCUAAGGGAACUUGCGGUGGGCUUGGCGGCCCACCAAAGCCCAGUCCCCUUCGCGGAGCUUCACAGUUUCCUUGUGAGCCAUGAGUUUAUCCACUCGUAUUCGCCAACUUUCUCUCUCCCGGAUUCGGUUUGCCAAUGGUGCAUGGCCUCGGGACAUAACGCGAGGUCAUGCAGUCUUCUGAACAAGCAUGGAGUUGAGGAAAAGGAAAUUACGGGUGGCGACAAAGUGGUUGUACGUGAUGAGGAUAUUAAUAAUUUAAAGUCGAAAAAAUAUUCGUCCGAGUGGGGAAUUAAGGGUGACCACGACCUCGAUAUAACUACGGUGGAGAAGGGCAUAGGGACGAUCGGCCGACAUGAUUUUCCAGAGGAUUUUGUGUUUGGAGUUUGCACCUCAUCUUAUCAGUUUGAAGGCGCUGCAGCAGAAGGCGGAAGGGGCUUAGGUGUAUGGGACGUUUUCUCAAUGGAAACUCCAGAUAGAAUCUUCGACGGGACUAAUGGGAAUGUUGCGGUGGAUAUGUAUCAUAGAUACAAGGUGGAGGAUAUAGAUAUGAUGAAGAAAAUGGGGUUUGAGGCAUGUAGAAUUUCCAUAUCAUGGCCAAGAAUCUUGCCUGGCAUUGAACCUUAUGUAACUCUAUUCCACUGGGAUCUCCCUUACUGUUUAGAACAGGAAUAUGGUGGCUUUUUGGACAAGAAAAUUGUGAACGAUUUUCGUGAGUUUGUGGAGUUAUGUUUUUGGGAAUUUGGUGAUCGUGUGAAAUCUUGGAUUACGAUAAACGAGCCAUGGACAUACUGCACGUCAGGCUAUGUCUCGGGAAAAUUUCCACCGAGCAAGCCAGCAGCCCCUGCUCACAAAAUUGGAAAUAGUCUUACCACUUAUAGAGCAGUUCACGACCCAAAUUUGACUGUACCAAGUAACCAUGGUUACUUUAACUCAGAGUCCGACCCAGCCAAAGAUGCGUACACCGUGGCUAGAAAUUUGCUACUCGUUCAUGCUGCAGCAGUUCGUUCUUACAGGACAAAAUUCCAGGAACUUCAAGAGGGCAAAAUAGGAAUGGUAUUAUGCUGCCAAUGGUACGAGCCUCUGGACGACAGCUCGAAGGAAGACAUAGCAGCCUCGAAAAGAGCCAUGGACUUUAUGUUGGGAUGGUUUUUGGAGCCAGCGCUAACUGGUAGAUAUCCAGAAAGUAUGAUAAAUUAUGUUCCUCCAGAAAAUCUGGCACAAUUUUCAGAAGAGGAGUCUCAAAUGCUCAAAGGGUCCAUUGAUUUUCUGGGUUUGAAUUAUUACACAGCCAACUACGUGGCCAAUGAUAUCAGCCCCAACACAGAGAAAUCCUAUUUCAAAGAUCAAAAAAUUGCAUUUCUUGAUGCGAAGAAUGGGAAGCUAAUUGGACCAUUAGCUGGUUCGACAUGGUUGUACAUAGUGCCAUGGGGAAUCUACAAGCUCUUGAAGCAUAUUAAAGACACAUAUAAAGACCUUCCCGCCAUCUACAUAACUGAAAAUGGCGUUGAUGACAAAUAUGACUGUAAGCUUACAUCUUAUGAUGUUUGUGCUGACACAACACGGGUUAAGUAUCAUGAAGACCAUCUUUCGUAUAUUCUAAAAGCAAUGAAUGAGUCGAACGUGAACGUAAAAGGCUAUUUCGCAUGGGCGUACUGCGACAAUUUCGAGUGGUAUGAAGGGUUCACCGUUAGAUUUGGGCUCGUCUACAUUGACUUCAUGAAUAAUCUCACGAGAUAUCCAAAAAGCUCGGCUUUGUGGUUCACCAAAUUCCUGAAGAAAAGAAGAGGUGCAAAAGCGAAGAAUAAGACCAGCGAAGGAAUAAGUUACGAAAAUUUCUUGGCUUUGGAGGAGCUGAGCGUGAAUUCCACUUCUGAACAGGGAUUGGUUGUGAUCAUCAGAGAUGAUCUAAUCAGGAAAACUUUCAAUCCCUCAUACAGUGAAGCCAUCCUUAGCAUCUCCACUAAUAACAAAACUCAAAAGGAUAUGAUUGUCUGGAAUUUCAGCAAGAAAGGUAAUUUCUCUGUGGCAUCCUCUUAUGACUUCUUAAUCAACGGCAAAGUUCUUGGCCUGGACAUCCCUGAAUCAAGCAACCACUCCAUCUGGAUAAGCAAAGUCAAAGUCCAUACUGCCAGCAGUACUUGCAGCCUUGUCCACACCUUGAGUACCUCAAUGACCCAGACAAGCUUAGGGUUGUACAUGAGAACCUUCUACAUUAUAAACGCAACUCAGUACUACUUUAGAGUGAUUGACUGGUCUCACAAGCCCUCCUCUCCCUUUGGAUCGAGGUCAAGGAAUGAUGGCAUUGUCGACGAGCAGGCCGAGGCGGAAUAUGUGCAUACAAGAGAGAAAGGGGAAUGGGAAGCUGAGAAGAAAGCUCAGGCCGAUGAGAUAGAAUGUCUUGCCCGAGGGCAGAGAAAGUUGAAAAGUGAGCAUAUGGAGUUGAUUAAGGAGUUUCACCAGCUGAGAGCCGAGAAAUAG